AUGGGGAUACAUUGUGUGGAACCAAUUUUUGAGUACAACGGCAGCUCAACGGUACCGGCCAUCGACCAGUACAACGGCAGCUCAACGGUACCGAUCAUCGACCAGUACAACGGCAGCUCAACGGUACCGCCCAUCGACCAGUACAACGGCAGCUCAACGGUACCGCCCAUCGACCAGUACAACGGCAGCUCAACGGUAUCGCCCAUCGACCAGUACAACGGCAGCUCAACGUACAACGGCAGCUCAACGGUACCGCCCAUCGACCAGUACAAGGGCAGCUCAACGGUACCGCCCAUCGACCAGUACAAAGGCAGCUCAACGGUACCGGCCAUCGACCAGUUCAACGGCAGCUCAACGGUAUCGGCCAUCGACCAGUACAUAGGCAGCUCAACGGUAUCGGUCAUUGACCAGUACAUCGGCAGCUCAACGGUACCGGCCAUCGACAGUACAACGGCAGCUCAACGGUACCGGCCAUCGACAGUACAACGGCAGCUCAACGGUAUCACUCCGCUCUAG